UGUACUUGGCGCCGAUCAAGUUGUCUCCCACAAGAUUGGGCCAUCGUCAGUACUCUCUCUCUCUCUCAUACGAAUAAAGGAUUCAGCCUUUCUUUCUCUCUCUUUCGCUGUCCCCUUGCCUCAGUCCCUACUAGAACCUUCCACUUCUUCCGAUUAGGGUUUUUCCGGGGUUUAGCGCUCUCAAUUACCACCACUCGUAUCCAUCGUCUUUCCUAAACACCACCUUUGAUCCUUAACACGUACAUUAGAAUCCUUAAGCUCCAAUAUGGUUCGCUCCAAUGGCAUCAGGCUGAUUCGAUGGGCUGCUCGUCGAUCUCUCGCCUCAAACUACCCCCGGGACACAGCGCAUGACGUGCACGAGGCUGUGUCCCAAAGAGGUUAUAAGACAUUGAAUUCGGGGGUUUGCAAGCCAUCUAGAAUCAUUGGAAGUUACACUUCAAAUGUUGGAGAUAUUGUUCAUAUGAAGAACCGGUUACUGUUGGGAGCAAUGAAUUCGUAUUGGGGCACAGCUAGAUUCAUUCAUGGCACAGCUUCAUUGGCAAGAGAUUAUUAUGAUGUUCUUGGUGUGAGUAAGAAUGCAAGCGCGUCUGAAAUAAAGAAAGCAUACUAUGGGCUUGCAAAGAAGCUCCAUCCAGACACAAACAAAGAUGAUCCAGAAGCGGAAAAGAAAUUUCAAGAAGUUUCAAUGGCAUAUGAGGUUUUGAAGGACGAGGAAAAGCGGCAACAAUAUGAUCAGGUUGGCCAUGAUGCCUAUGUAAAUCAACAAAGCAAUGGUUUUGGAGGUGAUGCUGGCUUUAAUCCGUUUGAGCAGAUAUUCCGUGACCAUGAUUUUGUCAAGAACUUCUUUCAUCAAAAUGUUGGAGGAGAGGAUGUCAAGACCUUUGUUGAACUAUCAUUUAUGGAAGCUGUUCAAGGAUGCUCCAAAACUGUGUCAUUUCAAACUGAUGUGCUUUGUAAUGCUUGUGGUGGUAGUGGCGUUCCUCCUGGAACAAGACCUGAAACUUGCAAACGCUGUAAAGGGUCUGGUGUGAAUUUUGUACAAGCUGGCAUAUUCAGGAUGGAGAGUACCUGCACCACAUGCAAGGGAACUGGGAAAAUUGUAUCGAGCUUCUGCAAGUCUUGCAGAGGUGCAAAGGUUAUCAAAGGAACAAAAUCGGUCAAGUUGGAUUUCGUGCCUGGGAUUGACAACAAUGAGACUAUAAAAGUUUAUAGAAGUGGUGGAGCAGACCCUGACGGAGAUCACCCAGGUGCUUAUGUCAUUGUCAGGGUCAGAGAAGACCCUGUUUUCCGACGAGAAGGAUCUGAUAUUCAUGUGGAAGCUGUCUUAAGCAUCACUCAGGCAAUUUUGGGAGGAACCAUUCAGGUCCCCACUCUUACAGGAGAUGUUGUUCUCAAGGUUCGUCCUGGCACCCAAGCCGGUCAGAAGGUGGUUUUGAAAAAGAAAGGGAUCAAAACCAAAAACUCAUGGACAUUCGGGGAUCAAUAUGUUCAUUUUAAUGUCAGCAUCCCAACAAACCUAACACAGAGACAGCGCGAGUUAAUCGAGGAGUUUGCGAAGGAAGAGCAAGGGGAAGAUGUUAAACAGAGGGCUGCUUCAGGUUCUGGAUGAAAACGGUUCUUUUAUUAUCAUACAUACCGUGAUCAACAAAAGAAGAAAAGGGGUUUCUACACUUAUAUCAAUCAAUCUAGGCAGGGAAUCGCCUGGGGUAGAAUUUUUGUAGGAUUGGCAAUUUUGUGAUGUCCCUUGAGUGUAUUUUUCAUAAAAUGAUGGUUUACGGUCUAAUUUGAUGGAGAGGGCAAUUCCUGAACUCAGUGAUAUGUACAUAUUUUCCUUUUGAUUAUCUUAUGCAUUGGAGGUAGAAGGAAGGUCCAAGUUUACCCGCAGGCUGUCCUUUUUUGCGGUGUAAGGUGCCCUUGCUAGUUGCUAGAUAGGCUUAGAACCAUAAUAGAAUGUAAUAUUAUGAUUUAAAAUUUAUUCAGUGUGAAUUGUGGAAAAUACAUUCUUUACGUUUGACAAAA